CCCAGUUCUCGCUUCGCUAGUUGUAUUGGAAUCUGCCUCAGCACAGUGUUACUAUAUACAUAUUUCCUGCUACGACUUGUACAGUAUGUCACCAACUUAAAUUAUUGGGACAGUUGCUGAUUCAUAAAACCUUCUAUAAUUCUCAAGUUCUUAUUAUAAAUGAAGAUUAUUAAUAUGACAAGUAAUAACAUUCCUCUAUGACUGUACCUGCUAGAGAACAUCUACUGUACUACUGCGCCACGGCUGUUUCACUCAGUGUCUGACGGUGAAAUAAAGAGGCAUAAUGAUGCACCAGACUUUAAUAAAGAGGGAGUAUGUGAUGGCAGCAUUGACAGCAGACAGAGGACAUGAUGCUGAGCUCCUCUCCUGGACUGCCCACGAAUUUACUGAGCCUGGAGAAAACACUGCUGCUUUCCUCAUGUGCCUUGAAGUGGAGUUCUCUCAAAAUGGAAAGAAUGACAGGAUAAAUUAUAUAGCAAAGUUAAAUCCCCUAAGAACUGAAAACUGGACGGAUUUCAUACGCAUGUCUUUUCAAAAAGAAGUGGGAUUUUAUGAAGAAUUAGGACCAGCACUUACGACCCAGAUGAAAGCAGCUGGAUUAGACGGUCUAAGAUUUCCUAGAUGUUUCUUUUUUAGCUUAAAACAAGAUGGCGAAGUGAUCAUUCAAGAAGAUUUAAGGACACAAGGAUUUAGAAAGUGUGAUCGCAUGAAGACUUUGGAUAUUUCACACGCAACAAUAGCCCUACAAGAGCUAGCUAGGCUUCAUGCUGCCUCCCUAGUGCUUAAGACCAAACUCACCAAAGACAUUCAAAGCAAAUAUGAUGAUUUCCUCUCCAAACACUGGUCCAGUUUUAAAAUUGGAGCUGAAGAAAUUUACUGUACACUUAUGAGUGACAAUUUAGAGAAUGUGAAAGUUGUACUACAGAAAAUGGAAGGCUAUGAGAGAGCAGCAGAGUGGGUGGAAAACCUUAAGUCGAAAGUCCUCAGUAUCUUCCAGGAGCAGACUGCCACUACCCCACAGUUUGCUGUUGUUUGUCACUUUGAUCUUGUAAACAAUAACUUACUCUUCAGGUAUAACGAGCAUGGUAAGCCAAUAGAAGUCAAGAUAUUGGACUUCCAGAUGUGUUACACUGCCUCCCUCGCCACUGACAUUACUGAUUUCGUCUACAACUGCCUCAGCGGAUCGGACAGAAAAACCCAUCUAGAUGACUUCCUUAGCAGCUACUAUGCCUCCUUCAGCAGAGUACUGCAGGCCUGUGAUUCACCUAUACCCUUCACCUAUAAGCAAUUGCAGGAAGAAUACAAGUCCAAGCUCUUGUUUGGAGUAAUGUCAUCAUUGUAUAAGUUACCCUUUAUUGUUGCUGAAGACAACGAGAUCCUCGACAUGGAUAAUUAUGAUAACCAAACAACUUUCACUAACACACAGCAAAGGAACAUGAUGAUUAUGUUUGACAGAAACAAAAGUUUUCAUGACCGUUUACUGUCCAUAUUUGAUGAUUUGGGACAAUUUGGGAUGUUAACUUAAGAGAGUAAAAGCUUCCUGAUGUAUACAUGAUAAUACCGUAGAGUAUAUUGUUGAUAUACUGCCAGGAAUGAUGGAAUAUCUAUGCAAGAGAGGUGUGUGAUACAUGCACACACACACACUUAUUCAUACAGAAUGUGCCCCCAAAAAUAUAUAUCAUAAAGUAAAAAAAAAUAUAGAAUAAACAUUUCUUUUGGGAGCAUGUGAGGGACUUACAUACUGUAAAAGGGGAGGUGGAGCAUGUGAGGGACUUAACACAUAAUAGGGAAGGUGGGAGCGACUCAGAGGAUCUCGGGUGGCUGUCUCGUGAGUAGUGAGAAGAUUGCUAAAUGGCAAUGCAGUCUUAUUUUUUUUUUUUUAUUAAUAUCAUUAUUUUUUAUUCACUCACAUUUAUUGGUACAGUAUAUAUUAUUUUAUGGACAAAGAAUAGCUUCUUCCACAUGCAAACAAUCUUUGGCAUUCGGUAAGCGACCAUCGUAAAACUGAUCUUGGCCAUCGUAUUGCAGUUAAUUUUUUAACAUUGUAAAACUGAUCAAACGUACUGUAUAUAGAUCCAUUGUAUAAUGGUCAUUGCCUGUAUUGUAAUGGUCUUGAUCUUGAAUUCCAGAACCAGUAUGAUUCAUCCUGUCAUGGAAACAUGUAGCAAACUCUUGAUAAUGCAAAAUCUUAAAUUGUCCAUCAUGAAGAACAAGACAGUCCCUGUCAUUGGUACGAAAGUAUUGUAUAGUAUUGUACAGGGUAUUAUGUUGAGACAGAACAAAACAAAGGCAAGUGCAUAUUGAAGAAAAAAUAUUAACAUUUUUCAUAGAUUUUGGAUAUUUAUUAUUCUCUGCUAACAUGAAUGUUGUUAAUAGUUAGGAAUACACUAGUACCAGUAUACAUGACAUGAGUACAUCUAAAAUUGGAAUACAUUGUGGAAAUUAAAAUUCCUUAUUACAUAAA